AUGUUUAAUAAAAUCAACAAUAUCAAACAAUAUUGUUUAAUAUAUUGUUUUGUUGUUUACUUGCUCAUGAGUGGAACUGAGGCUGUUCCAUCUAAUGCCGUACUUUUUUCAAACUUUCAAACAUGGGCAACUCAGUAUGGCAAACAAUACGAUUCUGCAGAGAUGCAACAACGAUUUCAAAACUGGAAGACAAAUACCUUGAGUGUCGCCGAGAACAAUGCCAACACUGCACAAGUGGAUAUCGAUAAUCCAACCGAUGAGGAAUUGGCUGCCAAUCCAGAAGUUGAAACAACAGUAUCAUAUCCAGCUGAACAACAACAAGUUUUGGGUGUAAAUCAAUUUAGUGAUAUGACAUAUCAAGAGUUUGUUAAUACAUACACAGGAGGAAUGGAUGCAAUGGAGAGUGGAACCGGUGCUACUAGUGCGACUUUAUCAACUUAUGAAAUCGCUGGAGUUGCUGUUGGCUGUGUAUUGUUCGCUGCCAUUGUCACGGCUGGAACGAUCUUUGGAUACAAGCGAUAUAAGAAGUUGCACACCAACAAAGACAACCAUCAUAAAGACAUGGAAGUAGGUAGUCCAGAAUUGAAUGUAGUUCCAAUUUCCUCUACGAGUGAAACCAUAUCAACUUCACCACCACCAUCAAACACCACUGAAAUUCUCCACAACAACAAUCAGAUGUUGCUAAGCUACAGCAAUGACAACAACUCAAGUUUAAGAACAAAUGUGCCACACGGUGGUGUUGAUAUCGUUUGCAUCAACUCACAAAGACAUAAUUCUAUAACAGGCAGAGCUGUACCAAUUAAACUUGAUUCAAAAUUGAUUGUCAACACAUCUGCAAAUAACUAA